AUGGUUCAAUAUAAUCACAAUGCAGUUCUCGACAACGCCGUAACCCGUCUUCACAAGUCCCCCGGUCUACCCCUCCCAAAUCCCACAAAAUCCUUCUGGCUCCUCCCAGAAUCUCCUCUUCUCUCCAAUAUCCAGUCUCAAAAACUCUCAGAAUCGGCAGAUAUAAUAGUCAUAGGCUCAGGCAUAACUUCCACGGGCUUCCUUCGAGAAUUGUAUCGUCUAAACCCAGACCUUAAUGUCGUCCUCCUCGAAGCCCGGGGUCCGUGUACAGGCGCCACGGGUAGAAAUGGAGGACACAUAAAGGAAGGUCCGUACGAAGAAUAUCCACGGUUAAAAAGUAUUUAUGGCAACGAAACUGCCGCACGGAUUCUACGUUUCCGAUUACGACAUCUAGAAGAACUUAAAGCCGUUGCUAAGGAAGAAGGUGAAGACUGUUUGAGAGAAAGCGAGGUGAGGGAGGUCAUGGGUACAGAUGUAUUCUUCGAUCAUGAAGUAAUGAACGAAGGUGUUUCGAAAUUCCAGGAGUGGAAGAGGGAGAAUCCGGAGAUGGGCAGAGAAUGGGGCUUUUGGGAUCAAGAAACUACGAGGAAGAAACUUAAUAUACCCACCGCUACAGGUGCAAUCUAUGGUCCUGCUGGUGCUCUUUGGCCAUAUCGAUUUUGUACCUCCGUACUCGCUCGUCUGGUAUCGUCUCAUCCAAACCUCAAGAUUGAAUCUUAUACGCCAGUAGAAGAUAUUUCAUUCGACUCUUCUACAUCAACAUACACCAUUUCAACUCCACGUGGCAAAAUAACAUCCAAAACUGUAAUCCACACUACAAACGGCUGGGCAUCUCAUCUCCUACCAGGUCUAAGCGGUAAAGUAUUCGCUUUCCAAGGUCAAAUGUCGGCGCAAGAGGCGCCAGAGGGCUUACCGGGCAUGGGAGAGCAAUACUCUUGGUCAUUCAUUCACCAAAAGGGAUUCGAUUACCUUACUCAGCGCGCAAGCACUUCCACAACCCACCCAGAUGGCACUGCAACCCAAAUCGCCGGAGAAAUGAUGUUCGGCGGCGCCUGGGCCAGUACUGAAAACAUGGGUCUGGACGUCUGCGGUCUUGCAGACGACACAAAGUUAAACUACCUCGCCGCAGCACAUCUAUCAGGCCUGCUACCUUACGUCUUCGGAUCAGGCGAAGACAGUAAUGGAACUAGAUCUUGGAACGGCGUCAAGGUUAAAAACAUGUGGACUGGCAUUCUUGGAAUGAGUGCGGACGGACUACCAUGGGUCGGAAGAGUUCCAACGAAGGUAUCGACUAGGAACCAACCGAAGAAAGGAAAGACCGAAAAGGGCGUGGAGACGGGUGAAUGGUGCGCUGUGGGGUUUAGUGGUGAAGGGAUGGUUAAUUGCUGGGGUUCUGCGACGGCAUUGGCUAGGAUGGUGUUAGGAGAAGAGGUUAAUGGAAAUGUAAGGAAUAACGAAGCAAGGAUUAGAGCGGCGAAGGAUGAGGAGGCUGUUAAAGGGUGGAAGGACGAGAAGUUGGAAGAGUGGUUUCCGAAGGAGUUCGUAAUCGAGGAUUCGAGGAUUGCGAAAGCGAAUCCCCUCGAUCUGGUCGGGGCUCUAAUGGGCUUGUAG